AUGGCUUCCAUAAAAAAAAAUGCAGAAAUAUGCAGUGACCAUUUCUGUAAUAAAGAUUAUAAGGGUUAUGAUGGAGAAAGGAAGGUAGUGCUGAAGGAAGCAUUCUCAUGUUUUCAAGUAUCUGGAAAAGUUGUGACAAGUGCUGAUGUCCAAAACAUAAAAACGUCAAUGAGAGAAAAAAACAAAUCGCAAAACCAAGUUGAUAAGGUCUUAUCAAUUUUUCAAAAAAUACCAGGAGCAACAGAAUCAUCAUCAUUGCCAUGUUCAGAGCUUCUUUUUCCCCGAGCUUUUAAAUCAAGAGGUCGACCAAAAGGAGCAACACUAACCUGUUUAGGCAUGCCUUCAAAACAUUGCAAAUCUAUAUCUUUUGCUUCGAAGCCAACAAGAGAAAAGCAAAAACUGAUGUUACAAUGGUUAUUUGGUAGUGGACAAGAUUAUAAUAUUAGCAAUAUUCAAUCAGUACCAAGUCAGUUCUUAGAUGGACAAGUACAAGAAUGUCUAUAUUUAUUGAAAGAUUUUUUAGAUCUAAAUGUUUUGAAAGAAAUGAUAAAUAAAUGUUCCAAUGAAGAAUGGAUGUGUGGAACCUGUAGCAAUGAUCUUAGGGAUGUUCGAAGUGUUUCCUGUGAUUCCUGUCUCAAGUGGUUCCACUUUUCUUGUGCAGGCAUCAAAAGGCCUCCAAGUAAAAAAGAAUGGUUUUGUAAAGCAUGCAGGAAAUAA